AGUUCGUGUUGAAAAAAAAAAAAAGGAAAAAAAGAAAAAUGAAGAACCCAACAAUUUAUUAACAAUGAUUUAGCAGGAGAGAGAUCCAAUCCCGACGUUUUCGUGUCGGCACGGCAACGCGGUUUAAUCGGCUGCCGGAAUAGCGACACUCGUAAAGCACACUCUCUAGCGAUUCGUCCGUCCAAUUCCAGCUCGAUUUCAUCGACCACGCUCCAAUUUCAGCCCCAAAAUCAUUUAUAACUUGUUCAAUAAUCUUCCCACCUCUUCAAUUCCCUCUUUCUCUCUUUCAAUCCGUAAUUCCGUAUGUGUAAUUUUGUGGGUUUUUGGUUCUUUGUCUUCUUGUUCCCCCAUCGCGUUUUGAGCCCAUAAAGUUCCCGUUCCCAAAUCCUGAUCCUUUGCCCCAAAUGGCGUUUGUUCUUGGUCUUGUGCUCGGGAUAGUGGUUGGGCUAGCUCUCGUCGUUGGAUUUGUGAAGUCCGAGAAUGCCCGGUCGAAGCGCCGGUCGGAUCUUGCUGCUACGAUCUCUGCUUUGGCCAGAAUGACAGUGGAAGAUUCGAGAAAGAUCUUGCCCCCUCAGUAUUAUCCCACUUGGGUCGUCUUUUCCCAGAGCCAAAAGUUGACUUGGCUGAAUCAGCAUCUUACCAAGAUAUGGCCGUAUGUUAAUGAGGCAGCUUCUGAUCUGAUAAAGGCUUCGGUAGAGCCUGUUCUUGAACGAUACAGGCCUAUCAUACUGUCAUCACUCAAGUUUUCCAGAUUCACCCUUGGCACUGUGGCUCCACAAUUCACAGGAAUUUCUAUAAUUGAAGAUGGGGGAGCCGAUGGUAUCACCAUGGAGUUGGAAAUGCAGUGGGAUGGUAAUCAAAGUAUAAUACUUGACAUAAAGACUAGACUCGGUGUUGCACUACCAGUACAGGUGAAAAACAUUGGAUUCACAGGUGUUUUCAGGUUGAUAUUCAAGCCUCUGGUCGAUGAAUUUCCAUGCUUUGGUGCUGUUUGUUUUUCUUUGCGGCAAAAGAAAAAGUUGGACUUUACACUUAAAGUUGUUGGGGGGGACAUAUCGGCAAUACCUGGGCUAUACAGUUCAAUUGAGGGAACAAUUCGAGAUGCCGUUGAGGACUCUAUUACAUGGCCUGUUAGGAAAGUUAUCCCUAUUUUGCCUGGAGAUUACAGUGACCUGGAAUUGAAACCCGUUGGGAUAUUGGAGGUGAAACUUGUGCAGGCAAAAGAGUUAACAAAUAAAGAUAUGAUUGGAAAAUCAGAUCCCUAUGCUGUGUUAUAUAUACGGCCUCUACGCGACCGAAUGAAAACCAGCAAAAUAAUUAACAAUGACUUGAAUCCAAUAUGGAACGAGCACUUUGAGUUUGUCGUUGAAGAUGAAUCCACACAACAAUUGGUCGUGAAAAUUUAUGAUGAUGAAGGACUUCAGGCUUCUGAGCUCAUAGGAUGUGCUCAGAUACGGUUAAGCGAACUUCAGCCCGGUAAAGUGAAGGAUGUGUGGUUGAAGCUGGUUAAAGAUCUGGAGGUUUACAGAGAUAAUAAGAACAGGGGGCAGGUGCACUUGGAGCUUCUGUACUGUCCUUUCGGUAUGGAAAACGGCUUUACAAAUCCAUUUGCCUCCGAUUCCUCGAUGACUUCCUUGGAGAGUGUACUUAAAAAUCGGGUGAACGGAACAGAAACUACUGAAAAUGAACAAGCUGUCACACAGAAGAGGAGAGAGGUUAUUAUUAGAGGAGUACUUUCUGUCACAGUAAUAUCUGCUGAAGACUUGCCUGCUACAGAUCUGGUAGGGAAGUCUGACCCAUAUGUUGUACUCAGCAUGAAAAAAUCAGAAAUGAAGAACAAAACAAGGGUUGUGAAUGAGAGCUUGAAUCCCAUAUGGAAUCAAACUUUUGACUUUGUUGUUGAAGAUGGAUUACAUGAUAUGCUAAUUAUUGAAGUCUGGGAUCACGACACUUUCGGAAAGGAUUAUAUGGGGAGAUGCAUCCUGACACUUACAAGAGUAAUACUAGAAGGGGAAUACAAGGAAUCGUUCGAACUCGACGGGGCCAAGUCAGGACGAUUAAAUUUACACCUCAAAUGGAUGCCACAGCCAAUCUACCGUGAUUCCUGAGCAGAUCCCGGUACGGUAAGGCUGCAACUUGAGGAUGUACAAUACCUACUUCUGUGAACUGAAUAAUGAGUCUCACACCUUUUAUAUGUGAGAGAAACACCUGAAGAGUGAAGAUUGUAUAUAAAUGUUCCAUACACAUUGGGACUAUGUAGACCACAAAGUUGUGAAGAGAAGGAAUUACAAGCCAGAUGAAAGAAAUGGCCAAAGCUUUGGCUUCCUUAGAUAUUUAUGGUAUUUAUGGUAGAACCUGAAACUGAAAGUCCUUUUUGUUGCAAAUUCUGAAAUGUUUUGAUGUGGCUUAUAUUUGGUUUAGUAGUUUGAAAUAUCUAAUUCUUUCUGAAUCUAAGUUUUAAUGUUACCAAGGGACUCAAAUUACGACUUAGAUUGAGUCCUGAACUUUGAUAUA